AUGGCCGAUUGCAUCUCACUCAUUCUGUAUCGAUGCGCAAAUCUCUUUGAACGGUUUAUCAAGGGGUAUCUGGGUACCAAAGAUGAUCAUCUCAAGGCACUCUCCGACAUUGGCAGGUGGAUCUAUCUGCUUCGGGUGAUAGAUCCUAUGUACGUCUUGCAAGACGUAGUCUACCAUUUUGCACUUUUUGAUAAGGCAGGCGGCUUGAAAGGACUCGGUCGAUUAACGAGUUCCGUCAUGGCAUCGAACUCCCAGGAGAGAGAGAUGCAUUUUGACCUGACCCCCGACCUAGAGUGCGCCCGCUGUGCUGGUGACGGAAAUGGAAUUGACGAGACCUAUAUGGUUAUUUUUUCUCUGGUGUUUAUCAGGCUGGGCAUGCUGUCAUGGGGAGGCUCGGUUAGCGCCAUCCACCUUGCAUCGGCGUCAUCCUCCCGGCUCUAUUGCUCCAGACGAAGGGAAGAGGAAACGGGAAUCAACUCAGUCAAGAACACUGUCGAAAAGUUUCCGAAUUACCUUUCCUUAGAAGCUCUAGGCCACGAGUCUUCCUAUCUCCAUGUCGGCAACCUCAACAAACUCCAAAUCCCCCCCUUCACCGUCCGGAAUAUCCCAUUCACGGCUACUUCCGAGAACUUAAGCUCGAUGACCGAUCCUCCGGACCUUAUCCUCCUCGCCAGAAGAGUUGCGGAGCGUAACGGUCAUCUAAUACCCAACGCUGUAGAAUUUGAACCCUUGAAGGGAGCCUGGGCCCGAGCCUAG